AGACUUAGCACGGCCGGAUCGUGGCGCAGACGCAUUGACCGCGUGCGUUCGCAUUCCAAAUAGAAAUCGUAUAACAAUGUUCCCAUUACGGCGUGUUGGCAGUAAGAUUUUGGAGCAAUGGCGGACUCCAAUAGCUUCUGGUGCUAUUUCUCAAAGAAAAUGUUACAGUUCCGAUGUGGCUACGCCUCCUCCUCUAACUCUGCUGACUGACGAUGAGCUCGCCAUGAAGGAGACAAUCAGAAAACUGGCUACAGAACAAAUCAGCCCUCUAGUCAAGAAAAUGGAAGAUGAGCACCGCAUUGAUGACGGCAUUAGACAAUUGCUGUUCGACAAUGGUCUCAUGGGCAUUGAAACCCCAGCUGAGUACAGCGGUUCAGGUUGCGGUUUUCUGACAAUGAUGCUAGUAGUUGAGGAACUGUCCCGAGUAGAUCCAGCUGUCGCUGCCUACGUAGACAUCCACAACACCCUCGUCAACUCACUGUUCAUGAAAUUGGGGACUGAAGAGCAGAAAACUAAAUACCUCACUAAAUUAUGCACGGAAUAUGCUGGCAGCUUCUGUCUAACUGAGCCCACGUCGGGAUCUGACGCGUUCGCUCUCAAAACUGUGGCCAAGAAAGAUGGAGAACAUUACGUCAUCAACGGCUCCAAAAUGUGGAUCUCCAACUCGGAUGUCGCGGGUGUCUUCUUAGUAAUGGCCAACGCUGAUCCGUCUAAGGGCUACAAAGGCAUCACAUGCUUCAUAGUGGAGCGAGACACUCCCGGCUUGAGCGUGGCCAAGCCCGAGAACAAACUCGGCAUCCGCGCGUCCGGCACUUGUAUGGUUCACUUCGAUAACGUGAAAGUACACGAGAGUGCCAUCCUCGGAGAGUACGGGAAAGGAUACAAAUACGCGGCGGGCUUCCUGAACGAGGGUCGUAUCGGCAUCGCGGCGCAGAUGAUCGGCCUCUGUCAGGGUUGUAUGGACGCCACCAUUCCAUACACGUUAGAUAGGAAGCAAUUCGGGAAGAGCAUCUAUUCAUUUCAGGGUAUCAGCUACCAGAUCGCUCACCUGCAGACCCAGCUGGAAGCGGCCCGUCUGCUCACAUACAACGCAGCCCGGCUCAAAGAGCACGGUGUAGAGUUCGUCAAAGAAGCUGCUAUGGCGAAAUAUUUCGCUUCAGAAAUUGCACAGACACUGACCUCGAAGUGCAUAGAUUUCAUGGGUGGCGUCGGUUUCACACGUGACUUCCCACAAGAAAAGUUCUACAGGGAUGCAAAGAUUGGUACCAUAUACGAGGGAACAAGUAAUAUGCAGCUACAGACUAUAGCAAAACUACUUGAGAAAGAAUAUAAACAAUAGAAAAUAUUUUAUUUGUUUAAACAUUUUUGUAUUUUUUUAUAGAUCAAAAGCAAGUCAGAUAACUAAAGAGACAGUUUUUGUAAUUAAUUAUAUAUCUUAAUUAAAAAUUGCAGUAAUUUUUCCUUCUUUAGUUAUCUGCUGUAUUGUUAUUUGUACUAUCUAAGAAGUUCUGUAGAACAUGUAUAUAUUCAGUUGAACUGGGUUUUUGCAGCCCUAUUGUUAAUAAAAACAAAUUCCUUAUC